CCACACUCACACACUGAUAAGGGCAAUAAUCGUUGCAUACCUAUUCUUAACAGUCUCUCCUCUACGAACUCCGUAAACACAACGAGAAAUACAGACGUGUUCAGAUGGCCACCUCACGAUCACCUCGUCUCACAUUCGUGACACGACUAGCUGUGACCUUUGCUGUGAUUGUCACCUUAGGAGUGACUGGUAAAAGCUUGCCAAAAGAGGUCGCGGCUAUUAAGGGAAACAGGGCUUUCGUCCGUUCGAGUCAUGCGAAAGUUGGAGCUCCCUACGGUGGCUGUCCUGUGGAGAGAGGUUACGUGCUUUAUGACAAUCAUUGUCUGAAGAUGUACCCUGUCAAGCAAGACUACCAGACUGCCAACAUGCGCUGUCAAACUGAUGGAGCUCAUCUCUUUGACUUGAAGUCACGUGUGCAUGAUGUCCCGGCUUUCGCGUAUCUGUUGGACACGAUGGGUAAAGUGCUCCAAGAUAUACCAGCAGGUGUAUGGAUUGGAGCAAAUGACAUUGAAGUGGAGGGACACUUCCUGUGGAGCGACCGCAGCCCUCUGUUUAAAGAGACCGGACUUUGGGGCACCGGCCAGCCGGACAACCGUAACAAUGAGGACUGUGUCCAAGUCUUCUUCUCGAGCGGUAUUGCGUUCAACGACCUUCCCUGCACGUGGAAGCAGGAGUAUAUUUGUCAGGUAGACAUCUAAACAGAGUGAAGGACGAAUAGUGUGCUGUCCACUCUGUACGUUAGUAAUGUUGAGUCAGCUGUUCUCAGUUUUCUUUUGCUCUUACCCUGGCACACGGGGGAGAGCUGUGCAUGCUAAUACUUGACGAAAUAACGAAAUGAAAUAAAAUAUUAAAAUCAUUCAGCA